AUGUCUGACCUGAAGAUGACAGUCCGAAAGCUUGACCAGCAGACAAAGGGCGAUCUGAAAGACCUGAAGCUGUCAGUCAGCAAACUCGACCAGAAGACAACUGAUGAUCUGUCGGGCCUGAAGCUGGCAUUCAACAAGUCCGACCAGAAGACAACUGAUGAUCUGUCGGAUCUGAAGCUGUCAGUCAUCAAGCUGGACACGAAGACAGCCGACAUCCAGGCAAACGUCUCUGGGUGGAUUCAUCGCCAGCAGAAAAUGAAAGAGGACGUGUCGGCAAAGCUCGUGGAAAAUGAGGAAGCUGUGAACAACGUUGCAGCCAGCGUGACACAGUUGACCAAGUCAGGGCUUGAGAGGGAGAAGAUACUGCACCGUCUGGAGAAGCUGGAGGACAACAUGAAGAACAAACAAGACAAACCGGAGAAGAAGCGCACUCCGAUACGCCUACCAGCGACCUGUCCAGACGGUUACAAGAAGCAUCUUGAAGUCUGCUACAAAGCCUUUGAAGCCUUGAAGACCUUCUCCAAAUCGACCGAGACCUGUCGGGCUGACGGAGGCACCCUCGCCAUGCCCCGUGACGCCGGCAUCGACGCCUUCGUCGUCUCCCUGAUGAAACAGAAAUUCGACUUUUGGAUCGGCUUACACGAUAAGCGACAGGAAGGCAAGUGGGAGUGGAUAGACGGCACCGCUCUGGGGACCGGCUACAACCGGCAAGUAACCGGACGCCCAUGUAUGGAAAGCGGCCCAGGCUACAGUCGUGAAACGUGGGUCUCGACAUCCGGGUGUGGAGACGACUUAGAAGUGACCUAG